AUGGCGUGGGCGCGGUGGGUAGGGUCCGACCCAAUAGCAACGACAAAAACACCCGGCCCGGCGCCCGUAAAUCCGCGAACAAGGUUACUGUAUGAUCCGGCCAGCUACUCUACAAUCAAUAGACCACUACUAAUACACCUAUUUGAGCAGAAGAAGACGCAGAAGAAGAAGGCCCCUCCCAUCGGCGAGGCGCGUGACUUCCCCUGCCGCCCCUGUGUUACUCGCGCUGCAAAGAGCCCCGGGCAUGAGUGUACCUCUCAGAACAAUACUGGUGCUGCUUGCUGGGACUGCGCAAGGAACGGCCAUACCUGCAGGCCUGUCCCCACCGGCGCUGUCGCUGCGGUGCGUGCCUUCUGGGAAUUGAAUCGGCAGAUCGACGAUGCAAAUAAAGAUCCAGGCGAUGGCUGGCGCUCUGCUGCUCAGCGUGCAGCACAGCAGCUGCGUGGUUGCGGUGCCGCUAUCAACCAUAGCCCUGCUGCCGCUCAAGCUUGCGCUCCUGCUUUGGCUCCCCGCGGUGAAGCAGGUGAAAUGACGCUUGAGGAGCGAAAGGUUGCGGCGCUGGAGGUCAUCGCUGAGGCUGCUCGGCUCUGGACUCAGUUCAACAAGCCGGACGAGGAAGACAGCAUUGAAGAGGAGGAAGACAAUUGA